CCUCUCUCUUACCAUCUUUCUCUCUUCUAUAUAUGUGCUUUGCUCCAUAGGUUUCUGUUUGGUAAAGCUUUGCAUCUGGAUGUUAAUUAUUUCUUCCAUUGGUUUUUUGGGUUUUGUUUUCUUUUAAUUCUUUGAAUAGUUGAAAGUUGUUCAAAGCCAAUCUUAGGAGUUAUGUGUGUCGUUUAAUGUUCUCUCAGUCAGCUCGUUUAGAAUUCGCGAGUUUGGUUUUCUGCCAAACCCUUCCAACUUCUAUGUAUGCCUACAAGGUGUUCGAUUAAAUGAUUCAGGACCCAAGAAUAUAAUACCCACCACCGCAUUAAGUAUUCCAUUUGGGAAAAAGGUUCAGUGUAGUGGGUUAUACUUCAAAUUUGCGUUGAGAGCUUUCUGCUCUCUGUCUCUCUGGUUAUUCUAUUUUGCGAUCAAGAGGCUCUCCAGACGUUUUUGAGUCCUCCCUUUUUUGCUUUCUUCCAACUCUCUGCUAUUUCUUGAUACUCUGGAACGCGUAAGUUACCAAGGAAAAACAUCUAUCGUAGAGAAGGGUUCAAUCUACAAAUUGGUAUAUAACCCUCUAACCGUUGUUCGUCUCAAGUUUUCACGGCAGUUUGCACAAUCCUCUCUUUUCACGCUAGAUUGUAAAAAAGAAGAGAAUACCAGUAGCAUAAAUAGGCUCCUUAUGGCUUAUGGAGGCACUGCUGUGGGACCCCCAGCGGCAACGGGUGGACCAUCAACUGCAAGACAGGUGAAGCUCGACAAAGAGUGUGAGCUGAGAGUUGAAGUUGGUCCAGACACUCCUCUCCGCCUCCGGCUGCUUACUGGCAAUGCCGAGAUCUUUGGCACUGAAAUUCCCCCCGAAAUCUGGGUGACCUUCCCUCCAAGGCUCAAAUUCGCUGUUUUCACUUGGUAUGGAGCCACAAUAGAAAUGGAUGGUACUACUGAAACUGAUUACACAGCUGACGAGACGCCCAUGAUCAGUUAUGUAAACGUGCAUGCUGUAUUGGAAGGACGAAGAAAUCGUGCUAAAGCAUUGCCCAGUGAUUCUGAUUCUUCUCAGGGACCCAGGGUAAUAGUUGUGGGACCAACAGAUUCUGGAAAGAGUACCUUGUCAAGGAUGCUUCUUAGUUGGGCAGCUAAACAGGGUUGGAAGCCAACUUUUGUGGAUUUGGACAUUGGCCAAGGAUCUAUAACCAUUCCUGGAUGCAUUGCUGCUACCCCAAUUGAAAUGCCUAUUGAUUCAGUGGAAGGAAUUCCUCUUGAAAUGCCUCUUGUUUACUUCUAUGGACACACAACUCCUAGUGUCAAUGCAGAUUUGUACAAGGUUCUUGUGAAGGAGCUUGCUCAAACUCUCGAGCGCCAAUUUGCUGGAAACGCUGAAUCUCGAGCUGCAGGCAUGGUGAUCAAUACCAUGGGAUGGAUAGAAGGUGUUGGCUAUGAGUUGCUUCUAAAUGCUAUCGAGACAUUCAAUGCCACUGUUGUGCUGGUUUUGGGUCAGGAGAAACUUUGCAGCAUGCUGAAAGAUGUCUUAAGAAACAAGCCUAACGUAGAUGUUGUAAAACUUCAAAAGUCAGGUGGUGUUGUAUCUAGGAGUGCAAAAGCCCGUCAGAAGGCCAGGAGCUACAGGAUACGGGAGUAUUUUUAUGGUCUUGCAAAUGAUCUGUCUCCCCAUUCGAAUGUUGCGAAUUUCAGUGAUUUGACUGUCUAUCGAAUUGGUGGUGGACCACAGGCCCCACGAUCAGCUCUGCCAAUUGGUGCAGAGCCUGCUGCAGACCCUUCAAGAUUGGUUCCUGUGAAUAUCAACAGGGACUUGCUUCAUUUAGUCCUUGCUGUUUCGUUUGCCAAAGAACCAGAGCAAAUUAUUUCAAGUAAUGUGGCUGGGUUCAUCUAUAUCACGGAUAUUGACAUCCAAAGGUUUGAAAUUUGCACUCUUGCCCAUAUUGAAGUGUCAUCUGCUGUUUAAAUACUGGUUUUAUUUGAUCCUUAUUAACCAUCAUUUUC